AUGACCAAGGGCCACGGAGAGCAGACAACUGAUGAAUCACUGUCAACGUCGACAUCAAUGUCCAUUCCGUCUAGAUAUCCAUCGAUAUCAGAAACGAUGGCUACCAAAAAGGAUGGCUCAAAGAAGACGGACUAUGGUUCAUUACCGCUUGAAGCUAGUGAACAGGACAGAAAAACACUACUAGGACCUUCAAAGGAGAAUAUACCUGGGUUCAUCCAAGUUCGCCAUCAGAUGGCCAUACUGAUUUUCCUUGGGAUGACGGCCGUCUGCGCGAUGCGGCAAAAUGUGAGCGUUGCCAUGGUGGCAAUGGUUAACGGGUCUUACGUCACAUAUGACGAGCCACUCGGGAACGAAAGUUUGGAAGGCGUGGAGACUUGCUCAGAAUCUCUGGCGGUGAACUCGACAACUGAACAGACGAGUUCUGGCGAGUUUCUGUGGGAUACACAAACACAAGAACUACUCCUCGCGGGUUUCUUUUACGGCUACAUCUUCACGCAAAUCCCCGGCGGCUGGCUUUCUGACAAGUUUGGUAUGAAAUGGGUCCUCGGGUUUGGAUUUCUGCUGUCAAGUGUAUGCACUCUCCUGGGGCCAGUAGCUGCUUAUGCUGGAACAGAGUGGUACUUUGUAACUAGGUUCUUCAGUGGACUGGGUGAGGGCGUCUCUUUCCCAAGUUUGCUUGCCAUGUGGUCUAAAUGGGCACAUCCAGAGGAAAGGAGCAGUCUAAGCGUGAUCGGUUUCGUAGGAUUCAACAGUGGAAAUGUGUUGGGUAAUGCAUUGACAGGAUAUCUCAUUAAUCUAGAUGUGAUAGGCGGGUGGCCUCUUCCAUUCUACGUAUUUGGUACGGUAGGCUGUCUUUGGUUCAUCUUGUGGAGCUUUGUUGCCUACAGUUCACCACGUGAACACCCAUGGAUAUCUAAAGAAGAGCGUGAAUAUCUGGAAGAGGGCCUAAAACAUUCCAACACUCUGAGACCAUCCAUACCAUGGAGAAGUAUCCUCAGUUCCCCAGCCAUGUGGUGCCAAGUUUUCACUCAUUUUCCACACACGCUAGGCAUGUUCACCCUCCUCGUCAACCUACCGCUCUACUACAGCGAAGCACUUAAUGUUCCCAUAGAACUCGCUGGCAUAUAUUCGGCUUUACCCUACGCCCUGCAAUUCGUUGUAAUGCUUGUCUUCAGUUACAUCUCAGAUGCUCUCUUCGCCCGGAGGAUACUCAGUAAAGUAGCAACCAGAAAACUUAUGGCAGCAAUAGGUUUUGGAUCGGGGGCGUUCUUUCUUAUCCUCACCGGUUUUUCACGGUGCAACACUGCUCUGUCCGUGACGUUCUUGACUCUAGCCAUGGGUGGGGUCGGCAUCUCUUUCUCCGGUCACUUCGUGGCCUUACUGGACAUCGCUGGUCCCUUUGCUGGUUCGGCUAUGGGAAUGAUGAACACGGCCGGUACCCUAGGCGGCAUUAUCGGGCCCUACAUCGUCGGCGUCUUGACUGAAAUACAGAAGGUGAUGUGGAUAGUAGCAGGUUUCUACGGAUUCGGGGGUUUGACCUUUAUCAUCUUCGGCACAGUCGAGCUUCAACAUUGGGCUAAACAAGACUAUCAAGCAAUCCCAGACAGUCACGGUGACGAAUAA